ACACACACGGUCGCUGUCGGCUCCAGUCGCCGCCGGCCUCCAGCGACGCUCCCACGGGGAUUUACUCGUCUUUUCCCGGUGAAGAGAAACACAAGUGUCCGGUGUUCAGACCGCACCGAGCGGCCCCGGCCCGGGGUUGAGUCUCCACGGUUCUCAUGGCGUGAUUAAGUCCCGCCUCCUGCUCCGGACGUUCAACACUUCACUCUGACUCCGAAGAGAAAACUAUGGCAGAAGAAGAAGCUCCAACUCCCGCCGCCGCUCCGGCGAAGUCCCCGGCGAAGGCCGCCAAGAAGAAGGCGACAGCCAAACCGAAGAAGGCCGGACCGAGCCUCCGUGACCUCAUCGUCGAGGCCGUGUCCGCGUCCAAGGAGCGCAGCGGCGUGUCUCUGGCCGCCCUGAAGAAGGCUCUGGUCGCCGGAGGCUACGAUGUGGAGAAGAACAAGACCCGCGUCAAGGUCGCCAUCAAGGCGCUCGUGGCCAAGGAGACCCUGGUCCAGACCAAGGGAACCGGGGCGUCCGGCUCCUUCAAGAUGAACAAGAAGGUCGAGCCCAAGGCCAAGAAGCCGGUGAAGAAGGCCGCUCCCAAAGCGAAGAAGCCCGCAGCCGCCAAGAAGCCCAAGGCCGCGGCCAAGAAGCCGGCAGCCGCCAAGAAGUCCCCGAAGAAGGCGAAGAAACCCGCCGCGGCCAAGAAGAGCCCCAAGAAGGUGGCCAAGAGCCCCAAGAAGGCCGCGAAGAGCCCGAAGAAGAGCCCGAAGAAGGCCGCGAAGAAGGCCGCACCUGCCGCCAAGAAAGUCCCCGCGAAGAAGGCGGCGGCGGCCAAACCCAAAGCGAAGAAGACCGCAGCGAAGAAGAAGUGAGCGGCGACCGGUCCGAUAACAACGGCUCUUUUCAGAGCCACACACCUUCUCUGAGACAAACAUAUUCAUACAUUCAAUAUUUUGUUUUAUGGAAUAUUCUUAUUGUUUUAUAUAAUAUGACGCCGUUAUCUUAAAACCUUUAUUCAUAUAAUAAGAUGCGUAGAUUUAUAUGAUGGAGGAAGAAACAAACUGAUUCAAAUUCUAACGAAGUAAUUUCUCUAUUCAAUAUAUAGUCACAAUCUGACAAAUGUUACCAGUAAUCAUCACACUUCAAACCUCUGGUCUGUGUCGAGGUCUGAUGACGCUCUCAAGACAUAAUUGUCUUAUGCAUAUUUUGUAGUGUCUGCCUUUUACAAUUCUAUAAUAAGUGAGUUUCUUUUUAAAAUUUGACUCAAAAUUUCUCUGUUAAAUUAAGUAUAUGCACAUAUGCCCACAACUUGAAGCUUCACAUCCAUGGUGGGGGGCAGCUUUACUUAUGGUAAAGAUAACGAGAACAAGUCCCACUACUGUUUUUUUUUUUUUUUCAUUAUUUAUAUAUAAACUUAUUGUAAACCAUUAA